AUGGACGUAUUCACCGUGUUGACACCCAUAAUCGUAAUCGCCUUUCUGUUAUUUCUCACUCUCCGCCUAAUCAUCAAAUACUGCAAACCGUCGUCGUCGGCCGUUGUCUCCUCUUCUUCGACAGACACUGAGGCACCCGAUUUCACACGUGUCGCCAAUCAUCUGUUCGUCUCAAACACUCCACACACUUACAGUCGAAUCUAUGUUGACGAAGCAGCGAAUGUGAGAAGUGUCACGAUCACACGAAUUUCUCCGCCCGGUCAGCAUAUUGUCGCUGUCUGGAUGAAAAGUGGUUGGUUGAUUGGCUUGUGCUCAUCUGCCGACAUCGGAGGAGAAUUCAUCAGUGGAGCUGGGCUGGCCAUUGUGCUAGUUGAUGCGGUUACGGUAAUGGUUGGCUCUCCGAGAUACGGAAUGUAG